UGAAUUGUCCCAGUCCGAAGCAGACAAACCUGUUCCACGUUAGUAUUGAGUAAAACUACCUUUAGUUUGCAUCAUCAACAACAUCGUUUUCAUUCCUCAUCAUGGUGAAAAAGCGGAGAUACAGUAAAUCGGAUAUCCGCACUGAUCUACAGGACAGCUUUGGAUCAGAUGUAUUUGGUUCAGACGACAAGGCUUCACUUCUGACUGAGAAGAAGAAGGAUGGAAAAAAACGGUCAAACCAAGAUGCCCGAGGUGAGAGGCGAAACCCCAUGGAAACGGCCAACUGGUUCUCCAAGCUCUUCUUCUGUUGGGCCAACGCCAUUGUGGCGACAGGUUACAAGCGGAGACUGGAGAAUGCGGACCUGUACCCACUGAGAGAGAAGGACACGUCACUGGUGGCUACUGACGAGUUCAGACCUUAUUGGGAAAGAGAAUUAAAGGAAGCUACGCCGAAGAAGCCUGCCAGUCUACCGAAAGCCCUGUUCAGAUGCUACGGCCUGAGAUAUAUCCUAAUUGGCAUCAUGUACAUAUAUGAGGAAGCUGCCGAGUUGAUAGAGCCGAUCAUCAUGGGAUACAUCAUCCAGUACUUCCAGCCCGGCAGUACCAUGACUCUCAGCGAUGUCUACAUGUACGCGGGGAUCCUGGCGGCCGUGGAUUUCUUUGAGGUCAUCAUUGGCUACUACGAGUGGCCGGUCAGUAUGUGGGGAUGGAACAUGGGGACGGCACUAUGCAACCUUGUGUACGAAAAGGUUUUGAGACUGAGCACUGGCGGUCUUGCAAAGACUUCAACUGGCCAAGUCGUCAACAUCUUCGCAGAAGAUGUGGACGGAUUCGAAGAUGUGUUUGACGGUCUCCACGACAUUUGGAUGGGUCCCCUCCUGACCAUAGUGAUCUCAGCGUACCUGAUCAACUUCAUGGGCGUGUCUAUCCUGGCGGGGUUCGCUUACAUAGUCGUGACGUUAGUCAUCGAUCUGUCAUUGACACCACUUCACAUCAAAUAUGGUGUGUUGGAAAACCAGACGGGAGACGCGCGUGUAGACAUGAUGAACCAGAUUCUGCAGUCGAUCCGGAUGAUCAAGCUCCAGGCGUGGGAGAAACCCUUCACUGACGUCAUCAACAAGCUGAGAAAGGCGGAGUUAUGGAUCAUACUGAAAGGUGACUUAGUGAUGGGUGUGAGUGAGAUUAUUGACUGGUUGGGUUUCGAUCCCCCCAUUUUCUUGAUCAUCCUGACGUACGUCUUGACGGGUAAUGAGCUGACAGCCGAGAAGGUGUUCGUGAUGAUGGCGUACAUGGAGCUACUGGAGGAAGCUGUGGAUGACUUCCCAGAUGCGAUAGAAGAACUGGCAGAUGCCAAAGUUUCAGUCGAUCGCCUACAGACAUUCCUUGCACUGGAUGAGCAACAGCCUCUGGAGCCUGACAUCGAUUCAUCUACCAAACAAGAUCAGGACAGAAAUCCCUCCACCGAGCUCGGCCCGAAGGGAGUGACUGUGGACAUUAACACAGCAAGAUGGAAGAAGUCCACGACACUGAGAAAUAUCAAAGUCGAUAUCAAAGAAGGCGAACUGAUCGUUGUCAUAGGACCCACUGGCGCUGGAAAGACCGCACUACUGUGCACGAUUUUGCGGGAACUUUCGAACGUUGACGGUAAGGUGGACGUACGGGGAACGCUGGCUUUCGCAGCCCAGGAGCCGUGGGCUUACCCGGACACCAUCAAGAACAACAUCGUAGACUUCGGGAAACCAUUCGACCAAGAAAAGUACGACAGAGCCGUCAGCGUCUGCAAGAUGGAAAGGGAUAUAAGCAGAAUGAGUCACGGAGAUGAGACGUACAUCGGGGACAGGGGGGUCACUCUAAGCGGGGGUCAGAAGGCGCGACUCAGUCUAGCCAGAGCUGUGUAUAUUGACGCAGACAUUUACCUGUUGGACGAUCCUCUAAGUGCUGUGGACGCUGCAGUUGGUAGAAAACUCUUCAACAAGUGCAUAUUGGGAGAGCUCGGAAGCAAAGCCCGGAUCCUAGUGACACAUCAGAUGCAGUUCCUGAAGAAAGCUGACAAGAUUCUUGUUUUGGACCAGGGCAAGCAGGUUGCCUUCGGAACAUAUGAAGAAGUUGCUGCGUCUGGAGUUGACUUCACGGAACUUAUGACGUGCGCGGAUGAAGAUCUAGAUGGUACCAAGGACGAGGAAAGCUCAGUUGAGAGCUUUUACGGCAGCAGGACCAGCGUAGCAGGAGCUCCAGAAAAGUCUUUAGCCAAGUCGACCAACUUCGUGGAAGAAGAAAGGGAGGGAGGCAGCGUAGGAUGGCGGGUUUACUACAAGUACCUCACGUCGGGACCUCCGACUUGGGUCCUACCUAUAGUGGUGUUCGUCCUCAUCUGUUUUGAGGGCCUUGAUUUGUUUUCGGACUGGUGGCUGGCUCACUGGGUUGAUAACAUUGCUCUCCUGAACGAUACUCUCCCGACUGGUGAGCUUCGGCCGAUUCCCGGGCCAGUCUCGCUAUAUCACCUUAAGGUGUACGCAAUCCUUGAGGGCCUCGGGACCUUUCUGGCCAUCGUAUCACCUGCUCUGCUAAUUUACGUCACCUACGUCGCUUCCGUCAAUCUUCACAAUAUGAUGUUCAACGCGGUCAUCAGGGCUCCCAUCAACUUCUUUGACAAGAACCCCAGUGGGAGGAUUCUGAACAGGUUUGCUGACGACUUGGGUGAGGUGGAAGACGAGAUCCCUGAGGAGUUCAUUGACGGCGUCGAGACUCUCCUUGGAGCCAUUGGCGCCGUUGCGAUGGUGUGCAUCGCUAAUCCCUGGGCUAUCCUGCCGGCCAUCCCGCUGUUCGUCGCCUUCAUACUCAUGUACAUCUACUUCAUCCCUGUCGCCAGGCAUUUGGCGAGACUGGAUGCCACAAAUUCCAGCCCCAUCUAUACGCACGCGUCCUCAGUGAUGGACGGCCUGUGGACCAUCAGAGCUCUGUCCGCGCAGGAGAACUUCAAGAAGCGGUUCAGAGCUAUCGUCGAUCGGCACAACGAGGUGGAGUUCCUCGACAUGGCGACAGAGGCCUGGUACGAGGUCCGGAUGGAGCUCCUGAACGCCGUCUUUGUCACCUGUGUCACGUUCUUGUGUAUCUUCUCUGCAGAAAGUCUCGGCGCUGGGAUUGUCGGUCUUACUCUGACCUACGCGCUUUCCAUGGACGAACACUGUGAGGAAAUUGUGGAGUCCAUGACAGAAAUGGAGGGGGUGAUGAUCCAUGCGGAGAGGGUGCUAGAAUAUGUCGAGUUGGAGCCCGAGGCGCCGUGGGAGACGGACCACAAGCCGCCUCCCGGCUGGCCGUCAUACGGCGCGAUCGAUCUGGAUGGAGUCUACCUUUCCUACGACGAGCACGACCCGCCCGUUCUGAGGAACAUCAACCUGAACAUAGUUGGAGGAGAGAAGGUGGGUAUAGUAGGCCGUACCGGCGCGGGGAAGAGCUCCCUGUUCACGGCGCUGAUGAGGUUGGUUGAACCGGCAGGCAGUAUCCGCAUCGACGGGGUGGACAUCUCUAAACUGGGACUGCACGAUCUCAGGAAGAAGAUCUCCGUAAUCCCACAAGAUCCCACCAUGAUCAAGGGAAGCUUACGGAGAAACCUGGAUCCUUUGGACGUCCACUCGGAUCACGCUUUGUGGACAGCACUGGAUGAGGUAAACAUUGCCGAAGAUGUGCGGAGGCUUCCCUACCGACUUGCCACCGAGGUCGGAAGGAGUGGCAGUAGUUUCAGCGUGGGGCAGAAGCAGCUUCUGUGUCUGGCACGGACCAUUCUGGGCUACAACCGGAUCCUGCUCAUCGACGAGGCGACGGCGAACAUGGAUGCUAGAUCUGACAAGCUGGUUCAGAAGACUAUCAGGGAGCGGUUCGAACACUGCACCGUGCUGACGAUCGCGCACAGACUCAACACUGUCAUCGACUCCGACAGGAUCUUGGUGAUGGAGGAUGGUCGUGUAGCCGAGUUUGAUGAACCACACCUUCUGCUGACGCAAUACCAAGAUGGCGUCUUCAGCAAGCUGUUGUCGGAGGUUGGAGAAUCAAUGGAACGUGAGCUGAGGGAGGCCGCCCGCCAGAGUUACCUGCAAAAACACGUCCAACAGAAAUCAUAAUAACAGCCGAACAAGUUUGGGUUUAACGGCCCGAUAUAUAACGCUAGCUCACCUUUAUUAGCGGGGUAACCUAUACCCGUUGUACCUAAACGGCAGGAUAUUUAGGAAUAUCACGUAC